GAGAGCCGGGUCUCAGGUUCUCGGGGAUGUGCCGCAACGAUGGGGACGGCAGCAGGCGGUAAUGCGUACUUCCAGAGGGGCAGUCUGUUCUGGUUCACCGUCAUCACCCUCUCCUUUGGGUAUUACACGUGGGUUGUCUUCUGGCCUCAGAGUAUCCCUUAUCAGAGCCUCGGGCCGCUGGGCCUCUUCACUCAGUACUUGGUGGACCAUCAUCAUACCCUCCUGCACAAUGGGUAUUGGCUUGCCUGGCUGAUUCACUUGGGAGAGUCCUUGUACGCCAUGGUUUUGUGCAAGUCUAAAGGCAUCACAGAUGGUCGGGCUCAACUACUCUGGUUCCUACAAACGUAUCUCUUUGGGAUAGCAUCUCUCUCCAUCUUGAUGGCUUACAGACCAAAACGCCAAAAACAAACUUAAAGAGGAUACCCAAAAGCUUUCUUUACACUUUUGACAUUCAACUUCACUGUUUUGGGGGUGGGGGAGAUGCUGGGGGAUGCUGAGUUUACUUGAUCUUUCUAUUUUCCAGAAAUUUAAGACCCUCUAGUUAUUCAUUAUUCUUUCAUACGCUCUGGUUGAGCUUGACUAGAUGAUAGGAAAGGAUUUAAGCUUCCCAGUUCUGCAGACUAACCUGUUUGGCUGAGGGCUUCCAAGCUACCUGCUUGAGGUCUUUGGCCAUGUUGGUGCUCCUUGUAUCAUCUGGUUUAAGCUGUGUACUAAAACUGCUUGUUGGUAUAACUUUGCUCCCACCUUCUGACUAAGACACCUUACCCUUACCACCGCAUCUUAGCUCUCCUUUCCCCCAAAUUUUUCCACCUUUCUGAACCAAGACAGAGUGACAUUUCCCCAACACAUCAAUUCCACAUGCACUAGGCACCUGGGAAGCAGGAUCUUAUCCUCUCAAACUUCCAUUUCUCACACACCAAGAAAGAUAAGGAAGAUAAGCAAGUGCCUGGAAUGGGCCAGGCCGAGCAGUGACCUAGAGGCACAGAGGACACACAGUACCUAGAGGAGAGGAUCGGGAAUGCCUCCCCUGAUAGAGCCAGCCAGAAGCCAUCCU